CUCACUUCUUCCACUACUACUACUACUAGCAUUAGCCAAAGGCAAAUCGGAGAUGUCCGAUGAAGAGGGGCCUGAGCCAGGUCCAUCAACGGUACCCGUCUUCAAGAAGCGAGGAUCCAGGCCGCGUCAUGCAGUAUCGAACCAGACCCAACCCCAGGAGUCGAACGCUACAUCCGAAUUAAGGCAAGCUGAGGACGAAGAAGAUCCGAGAGACAAUGAUGUGUCGCUCUCGGACCUCGUUGCGCUGCAUGCCCUCCGCCAGAAACCGCGCGGAAUCGACCUGGACAGGCUCAACAAGGGUCAAAACGCCAAGAAGAAGAAAAAGAAGAAGCAAGAGGACGUGGCUGCUAAAAAGCAACAGACAGAAGAGGACCGAUGGCAGGAGCAAAUGCAGCGAGGUGGCCUCGUCACGAGAGGCAUGCUUAGCGAAGUGUCGGGAAAGUCGACCAAAGAUGAGAAAGGACAAGGGAGUGACUCGGACGACGACGAAGACGACGAGGAUGAAGAAGAGCGCAAGAAGGCAUCCGGUCCCCGCUUGGUCAAGCAAAAUAAUUUCCAGGGCGAGACGGGCACCGUGGAUGUGGAUAAGCACAUGAUGGCUUACAUCGAAGAGGAGAUGCGCAAACGUCGGGAGGCUGCUGCUGCGUCGAAUUCUUCCACAUCAUCAAGUGCGCCGACCGGCGAAGCCGCUCUGCAGACGGUCCUCUCCAAUCCGGAAGACGAGCUGUACGAGAUUGCAGAAAAGUACCGGACACUGCAGCAGAGCGCAAAGGAGGCCAUUGCAUUGGCCAAGGGAAGGGCUCCACCAACUUUGCACCACGGCGAAGAGGGCAAGGAGCAAAGGCGUGAGAAGGAGGAGAAGGAGGCAGAAGAAGAGGAGGGCAACGUCACCUUGAGCUCGGCGAUGCUGACGAGCGUGCCAGAAGUCGAUCUUGGCAUGACCCAUCGACUCAAGAACAUCCAAGAGACGGAGAAGGCGAAGCGGGCGAUGGAGGAAGCGCGGCGCAACCGAGUCGCCCAUCCAUUUGAGGAGGAUGAUCAGUACGCCGCGGCUCGCUUCUUCCGACAUCGAAACACAGUUCAGACGGAUGCCGAGGCCCUGGAGGCCGCUCGUCGCGAAGCGGGCAUGCUCGAAGACUACGAUUAUGACGAGGACGAAGUCGAAGAAGAUGGUCUGCAAGGCAAGAAACCUCUGCCUCCCUCUCGGGGAGGAGGCGGGGCGCACAAUGAGCCGGCGAAGAGGUCAAACUUCCAGAUGGCAACCGACGAUGCUGCCGUCGAGCGCUUCAAGAAGCGGCAGAGGAACCAACUCAAGAAAUGAUUGUGGCACUGUCCUCCCUUGUCCACCUCAUCAGACGCAUAGCCUGCUGCAAAAGAAAUACAUCACAUAUCAGAG